AUGUUUCACGCUGUUCAACAUCAGUCUUUAAGACUAAUAACUCAAAACCAUAUUUCUAGCAUGUGUUUAAAACUCAUGCUUUCAAGACCUGUUGCAUUUGCACAGAUACAGAAGUCAUGGUUCACAAGCCAUUCCCUUGUUGGAAACAAAAAUAUUAUCCUGAUGGGACCUCCGGGUGCUGGGAAAACAACGGUUGGGAGAAUAGUAGGUCAGAAACUAGAUUGCCCUGUCAUAGACGUAGAUGACGAUGUCCUUGAAACAACCUGGAAUAUGAGUGUGUCGGAAAAACUGCAGGAUGUUGGUAAUGAGCAAUUUUUACAGGAGGAAGGAAAAGCCCUGUUGAGGUUUUCAGCAUCUGGAAGUGUCAUUUCCCUUACUGGGUCCAAUCCAAUGCAUUCUGCUGGCAUGCAGCAUGUGAAGAAAAAUGGCAUAGUUGUGUAUCUGGAUGUGCCCACAAGAGUCAUAAUGAACAGGCUGAAAUCAAUGAAAGUGGAUCGCAUCGUGGGCCAGUCUCCUGGUGUUUCUCUCAAGGACAUACUUCAGUUUAGGAAGCAGUUCUACAGAAGGUGGUACGACAUCCGUGUUCUUUGUGGAGAGGAUAUUGGGGCAGAGGUGGUAGCAGAAAAGGUACUUGAUGCCGUGAAGAGGUACCAAAACUCGGAACUGGAAACGUUCAUUUCAACUAGGUCUAGUAGGUCUGAAAGGAUUGUGGAAAAAGGCUCUCGUAAAUAUUUCAGUGAUGUUGUUACUGAGGGUUUAGCCGCCGAUGGAGGACUCUUUGUUCCUGAGAGAGGACUUCCAAAAUUUGCUGUUGGAGAAUGGCAAAGCCUAAUAGAAGCAACUUACAUUGAAAGAGCCCAGGUGAUACUGGAAAGAUGCAUACAUCCUGCUGAUAUUCCUGCUUCUAAGCUGGCAGAAAUCAUCGGAACUGCUUAUGGAGAAAACUUUACUUGUUCUAAAAUUGCCCCUGUUAGGCAUCUGGCAGGCAAUCAGUUUCUCCUUGAGUUAUUUCAUGGACCAACAGCAUCAUUUAAAGAUUUUGCAUUACAGAUGGUGCCACAUAUAUUUGCAUACUGCAUUCCCAGAAGCUGCAAUUACUUGGUUCUGGUAGCGACUUCUGGUGACACGGGGAGUGCGGUCCUAGAUGGCUUUAGUCGUCUCCAUGACACUGACAAACAGAGAAUUGCUGUGAUGAAUUUUUUUCCUGAGGAUGGAGUAAGCCAAAUUCAAAAAUCACAGAUGAUUGGCUGUCAGAGAGAAAAUGCCUGGUCAGUAGGUGUCAAAUCUGAUUUUGAUUUUUGCCAGACAGCUAUAAAACAAAUCUUUACUAAUUCUGAUUACACUGGCUUUCUUACGGUAGAAUAUGGAACAGCUUUAGCUGCAGCUAACUCCAUAAACUGGGCACGUCUGCUUCCUCAGAUAGUUUAUCAUGCCUCUGCGUACCUUGAUCUUGUUCAUCAAGGUAUUAUUCCUUUUGGAAGCCCUGUGGAUGUUUGCAUUCCUACAGGAAACUUUGGCAACAUACUAGCUGCUUUGUAUGCUAAAAUGAUGGGAAUUCCUAUUAGAAAAUGUAUUUGUGCUUCCAAUGAAAAUAAUGUUUUGACUGACUUCAUAAGAACAGGUGUUUAUGAUUUGAGGGGAAGAAAAUUAAUUCCCACUUUUUCACCAGCAGUAGAUAUUUUGAAGUCCUCCAAUCUUGAGCGGUACUUGCACCUGAUUGCUAAUGGGGAUGGACAACUGGUGACACAAUUAUAUAACCAGCUGGAAAAUCAGGGCCACUUCCAGCUACGGAAAGAUCUGCUUGAAAAGCUUCAGCAGGGCUUGGUGGCUGGCUGGUGCUCUGAGGAGGACUGUCUAGCUGCCAUUCACUCGGUGUACAGCACUACAGGCUAUAUUUUGGAUACACACACAGCUGUUGCUAAAGUAGUUGCAGAUCGAUUACAAGAUAGAAGUUGCCCAAUUAUUAUUUCAUCUACGGCUCAUUAUUCUAAGUUUGCACCUGCGAUCUUGAGGGCCUUGAGGAUUGCAGAAAUAAAACAGAGUCCAUUAAGUCAGCUUCACUUGCUGAGUUCUUACAGCCCUCUGCCUCCAGUCCACUGGGGCCUGUUAGAGACCCUGAAAAGGAAGGGGAAUGAGGAUCACCAGGUUUGUGCUGCUGACAUGAAUGUGCUGAUGUCCCGUAUAGAAACCUUAAUUCAGAAUCACUUUAUGAAGGUUUUCUGAGUGACGGAUCAGCCAUCCACUCUGUCAGUUGUGAUACCUUCUUAACAAGCUGCAUGUUCUAAUGAAGUCAUGAUUCA